UUCUUAUUGUACAACCUGCAACAGGAGGCGACAAUGACUCUGGAUUAAGGAAUCCAGAAUAAAAUUAGUUUCAGAAUUUUUAAAAGAAGAAAUGGAUGGAAAUAUCCCCAUUCAGCCCAUCUCCCAUGGCAAUAUGGUAGGAGAAUUCCAAUACCCUGUGGAAACGGAGGCCAUAAUUCAUGCAGACCCCCAGAACAUCAUACCAGAUGAAAUAGGUAAACUUUACUGAAGAUGUUUUCAAUAUGUGAUAAAAGAGGUGUCUCAUGUUAUGAUUAAUUUUUUUCUUAUUAUUUAUUCUGGCAGAGAUUCUGUCUGAGGGGGAAGAAAGACCUCAACAGGGGGCAGUUCAAGCGAUGACUGAGUAUACAGUUCAAGCCAGGCCAACGUCCCUGAGUAUACAGCCAGAUGCAGUGCCAGGGACAUCCCAAGUUACACCUGGGAGACAGGGGGCCAGCAAUCUGCAGAGGCGCCCGGCACCAUCUAACGGGCAGAAGAGUGGGCCUAAUUCAAAAAAGAGGAAACCAGACGCGGCAAGAGUUGAUAAAGAGGCAGACGAUAAAGAGAGGCUGGAGUACUGCAAGAGUAUUGGCAAGACCAGGAAAGAGUUAGAAAAAAUGGAGGCUGAUGUAGUGAAGUUGCAGAAAGCUAUUAAGGCUCAUUAUAACACACUUAUCAACUAUACUCGAGAACGUGAGAACAAAAUUAAACGUUCUGGACCUUAUUCUGAAUGUACUGACCCCAUUGUGCAGGGUGGAGGGGCACUACCUGAGAACUCCUCUGGAGUAAACGAGCCAUCAGAGAGCUCUCCGUCCCCACAAGCUGUUAACUCUGGUGGGGAAGGAGACGAGGGAGAGAGUGUUGUAGCCGCCCUUGCUAGCACUGAUGACGAGGGGGUAGAAGAGGAGGAGGAGGGGGGGGCAGUUAGGAGGAGGUCAGAACGGGGACACUUCCCCAUCUCUUCCUGA